AUGGAAUUGCUCGAUCUGGAACGCAAACACCUGGCCUUUCAAAGAGCUCUGGAUCUCCAGCUGGCCGAUGCGGAUGAUGAUCUUCUGUGCCUCCAGCACGCCGCACGUGAGGUCGCCCGACGUGAGCACAAACGUGUUGUACCGGCCGAGCUUGCCGUUGGCCAGCCGGAAAGAGGCCUUGUCGAACGUGAUGAUCAUCUCGUCGAACGCGACCUCGAUCUUGCUGGUGAUCUGCACACUGAUCCCGUACACGUCCACGUCGACGGCGUCGAUGCAGGUGUCGAGCUUGCACUCAAACAGCUCCGUCGACACAAAGUUGACCUUUUCUGUGAGACUAGCCAGCAUGCGGUCGAGCUUGUCUUUCUCAAACGGCUCGUCUUUGGCAACGAGCUCCAAGUAGGAGCCCAGCAGUACCGGCAGAACGUCGCCGUGGUUCCCGCUGAGCUGCUCCAGGUUCUCGAUCAGGAUCUUGAGCACGCCCAAUGUGAUGAACUCCCAAUCAGAGUUCUUGAACUCAAGAGCAGGUGGAUCCAGCGGAUCUGGUUGCGCACAAACGAGGCCUCUGUGGUGGCCGAGUCGCGCAAUAUGACGGUCUGUUGCUUGAAGAAGUACGCCUUGAGCUUGAACUUGGAGUUGAAGUCGAUGACAAUGUUAUUUUCUGCCAACGGGAACUGGUCCACGGUAGCUUCUUCCAGUCCGUCAGGGAUCUUCAUUCUGUUCACCUUGACAAACAUUCGUUCGAAACAGUCCAAUGCGUCCUCCAAUUGGCCCAGAUCCAUGUACAAGUUUGCUUCGUUGUUGAGACUCGAAAGCGAAUCUUUGGACUGGAAGUACGUCAGCCGGUACCCGAACGCUUCAGUGAGACCGGCUCUAAUGGAGCCCAACAAUGCUGUCCAGUUCUCCUUCUUGUCUGCUGGCGACGGGUACGACGACUUGAUCUUGAAAAUGGUAUCGAACGGGAGCUCAUCGUGA